CUCAUUUUCUUCUUUGCUUGAAGGCUCUAAUGGCUCCUACUUUGGCCUCUGCAACUGGUUUGGCCAAGGCUGCCAGCAUUUCCAGCCGGGCAUAUGUGACGUUCUUGGCCGGAAACGGCGACUACGUGAAGGGCGUGGUGGGGCUGGCCAAGGGGCUGAGAAAAGUUAAAACCGCAUACCCACUUGUGGUGGCGGUACUGCCGGACGUCCCGGCGGAGCACCGCCGCAUUCUGAAGGAACAGGGCUGCAUCGUCAAGGAGAUCGAGCCGGUGAACCCGCCGGAGAACCAGACCCAGUUCACCAUGGCCUACUACGUCAUCAACUACUCCAAACUCCGCAUCUGGGAGUUUGUGGAAUACAGUAAGAUGAUAUACUUGGACGGAGACAUACAGGUGUUUGGUAACAUAGACCAUUUGUUUGAUUUGGAUGAUGGGUAUUUCUAUGCUGUGAUGGACUGUUUCUGUGAGAAGACGUGGAGCAACUCGCCGCAGUACAAGAUUGGGUACUGCCAGCAGUGCCCGGAGAAGGUGAAGUGGCCGGCGGAGAUGGGUCCGGAGACUCCUUUCUAUUUCAACGCCAGCAUGUUUAUCUUCGAGCCUAACCUCUCCGUCUAUGACGAUCUCCUUAGCACUCUCAAGAUCACUCCUGCUAGCACUUUUGCUGAGCAGGACUAUUUGAAUAUGUUCUUCAAAGACACGUACAUGCCCAUUACACUAACCUACAACCUUGGUUUGCCCAUGCUAUGGCGCCACCCAGAACACGUUGACCUUGAAAGAACCAAAGUUGUUCGCUAUUGUGCUGCCGGUUCAAAGCCAUGGAGGUAUACUGGGAAGGAGGAGAACAUGGAGAGGGAGGAUAUAAAGAUGUUGGUGAAGAAGUGGUGGGAUAUAUACAAUGAUGAGAGCUUGGAUUACGGGAACUCAUCUGCAAACGGACAGCCGUGCAUCGGCUGCCUAGACGAUUCAUGAUCGGUUGCUUAAGCUCAGUCUAUUCAUUUAUGAGUUUUGAUUUUAGUACAUGGUUUGGUUUGAAUCCGGGGUGAUCGGAUAGAGUGUUUGAUUUUUACUUUUUGGUUGUUGAUUGGAGUUUGUUAUGUUUAUGAAUGUUGGAUGUAAUAAAUGAUGCCACUACCCCUUUGGGCUUCUAUUGAUUGUCAUGUUUGAAAUUCUGGGAUAGA